AUGAAGUGCAUAGUGGGCAUCGGAGGCGUCACCAAUGGCGGCAAGACCACGCUGACCAACAGCCUGCUCAAGUCGCUGCCCAACUGCUCUGUGAUUCACCAGGAUGAUUUUUUCAAGGGCACUGAACCUAGGGCUUGGGCUCCUCUGUUUCAGCCCCAAGACCAAAUAGCAGUUGGGGAGGACGGCUUCAAACAGUGGGACGUGCUGGAGUCCCUGGACAUGGAAGCCAUGCUGAGCACCGUGCAGGCCUGGGGGAGCAACCCCCAGAAGUUCGCCCGCGCCCACGGGGUCGGCGUCCAGACGGAGGCUUCGGACACCCACAUCCUCAUCUUGGAAGGCUUCCUGCUCUACAGCUACAAGCCCCUCCUGGACUUGUACAGCCGACGGUACUUCCUGACCGUGCCAUACGAAGAGAGCAAGUGGAGGAGAAGUACUAGAAGCUAUAAAGUCCCCGACCCCCCUGGCAUCUUCGAUGGCCACGUGUGGCCCAUGUACCAGAAGUAUAAGCAGGAGAUGGAGGCCAACAAUGUGGAAGUGGUGUACCUGGAUGGCACCAAGUCCCGCGAGGAGCUCUUCUACCAAGUCCUGGAAGACAUUCAGAACUUGCUCCUGAAUCACUCCUAGGUGUGACUGGGGCACAAAGGCCCAGCCCCAGUUGCAGGAAUCCACAGAAGAACCAUGCACAAACCCAGCUGCAAGAAUGCCAGGUCUGUGGCUUCCCGGCCAGAUCGUUUCCCUUUGGGAAAUCUGUACAUAUGCAAGUGAGCCCCACUCACAGCUCACAGUCUUGGCACUCUGGGAUCCAG